ACUCCACAGUGGACUUCACCCUGCUGCUCUUCCUCAACGCUGUAAAACAGGAAGCGGAAGUCUAAAGAACGGGGAGAAAACGCGGAAGCGGAUUGUUUGCUCCUUAAUGUACAGCCUUUGUGUUUUUGUUUUGUGAUUAGCUGUAAAACGCGAAAAUGGCGCUAUCUUAGUUACAAAUCUUGUAAGGUUUUGGAUUUUGAAAGAGGACAUUACAAUUUUAGGAACCCGUCAUGUGUUGGUUUAUGUGAGAGUCUUUGUCGGCUUCCAUAGCUGUGUAGCUUUGAGCUAACCUGGGCCUGUGCGAUUACUGUAAAUCUUCACAAUCUUCCGCUAUGACUGGCUCUGACUCUGAGUAAACACCGUCUCUGAGCUGUACAGUAUUCUAGGACAGUCAUCUCCCAGUUAAGCCCCACCAUAUUGUGUUGUUCAGUUGUAAGAUUUGGCUAGUGGAUGAUGUACGCCCCCGCGGGAAGCACUCUUCCUGGAGCCCGUAGGAGACGAGGCGGGCCUGCCAUUCCCAAGCAGCCUGAACGCAGUCUGGCAUCUGCAUUCCCUGGUGCGCUGUCCAUCACAGCCCUGUGCACGGCCCUGGCUGAACCGGCGUGGCUGCGUGUGCAUGGAGGAACCUGUCCCAGACAGGAGCUUGGGGUGGCCGAUGUGCUGGGAUACAUAGAUGAGAAACUCAUUGAAGACUACUGUAUUAAUUCCCAGACGAUCCUACUGUUGCGAGUCAUUGCUGCCUUCUGUUUCUUGGGCAUCUUGUGUAGUCUGACAGCUUUUCUCCUGGAUGUCUUUGGUCCUAAACACCCUGCUCUCAAAAUCACCCGCCGAUAUGCCUUCGCUCACAUUUUUACAGUGCUCCAGUGUGCCACUGUGAUUGGCUUCUGCUAUUGGGCGUCAGAGCUCAUCCUCACGCUGCAGCAGCAACACAAGAAGUACCAUGGCUCGCUCAUCUACGUCACAUUUGCCAUCAGCUUUUACUUGGUGGCUGGAGCUGGAGGAGCUUCAAUUUUAGCCACGGCUGCUAACCUGCUCCGCCAUUACCCCACCGAGGAAGAGGAGCAGGCGCUAGAACUACUCUCUGAGAUGGAGGAGAGCAGUGAGACUUAUCCAGUUGACUACGAUAUUGCCAACCAGUUCCAACCACCACCUGCUUACACACCCUGAUGAAAAAGCAUUGUUAAGUCUUUUGUGUUGUCCAGCCCUCCCUCCCCCUUGCUUAAGGUACCUUUUGAAGCCUCUCAACAAAUCAUGGACUGAGCAACAUGCAAAGUCCAUUUGCCAUGUAAUAAAUCAUCUACAUGUAGAUUUAAUACUUUACAAUACUAUAUUGCCAAUUUGCCCUUGUCUCAUCUCCAUCCACACAUUUAAAACUGUCAGUUGUAGUAUUUCAUUAUGGCAGUGCUUCUGCAAAGGCUGAUAAUCACUGAGAAAUGUUCACCUUUCAUUACCGUAGUUUGCAUGUAGAUGCCUGUAAAGGCUUGAGACCCAAACAAAACUCCUAGGUUUGGUCAAACGUCGCAUGCUUUACUAUGUACUGAUGUGAAGCUAAGUAUAGACUGAGACUAGGCAUACAGUAAUCCAACUGCUUGUUGGGCUUAUUGAGUAGGGUUUUGAGAGAACUUUUGGUUUCCUCUACUUUUUUCAUCUUCUGUUAAAUAGUACAUGUCAGUCUCUUGUAACAUUCCACAUGUAAAAAUGCUCCACAUUGUAGUUAUCCUGAAACGCCACUAUAAUUAAUGCUUUCCUUUCAGUUUUGAUGUAACAUUGUUCAGCUAGUCAUGUGUACACACAUUUUGGUCCAGAGUGUUUUUUCACUUUUCCAUACACACACACUGUUAACAUUUUUUUUCACUGUUAACAUAUUUUCAGAGGGGGUGGUUGGUUUCUUUUUCUAAACACUGAAACUUAAGUAAACUGCACUUCAAUGAUGCCCAGUAUGUUUUAUAUUUAUGUACUUCAUGUUUGAUAAUAUUGUAAAAUAGUGAUUUUGCUGUUCAAAACAAUUGACCUUGAUGCCAGAGUUUGACUUUCUGUAGAUAGAUUUUAAAUUCAACCAUUGCAAAACUGUGUGUGGCAGAAACUUCAUCAUUUUCUCCAAAGUCUUGUGGAAUUUUUUUUAAUUAAAUUAUUUUCCCCUAGAGAGUUAGUUAUUUGGUGAUUUGUGGCUUUUAAGAAAAUGCACAUAUUCCCUCACAGCAAAUAUACUAUUUAUUUUAUCUUGUAUGUUGUUAAUUAUUCAUUACACAUGGUGAACAUCUACUAUCUCUAUGGCAUUGCCAUUUUUAUCAGGCUCAUUUGCUGUGAUUUUGAUGAAGUGUUCCAUUUUGCCAACUUGUGUUAGUGUCUUCACUAUUUGUUUAAAGUUAUAAUCCUACAUCUGUCUCUCUUUUUUUUUUUUUUGCAGUAUACUUUGCUAGUUUAUAUAAUUGAGGAUGUCCCAGCUCACAGUGCUACUCCAAAAUUCAUCUAAGAAAAUCACAAGCCUUGUGUGUAUUGAUAUGAUCACAGUUCACAUAAAUUGUUUAUAGUUCUGUAAUUGUUUGAUAUUUCACAGCAUGCCCUGACUAUGUAAUGUAUGUGUGUUUACUCAGUGAUCAUUAGAGAGCUGACUGAAAAACAUGUACUCCUGAGGUUUACACGCAUUGCUUUGGCUUUUAUAUUGGGGUGGAUUGUGACAGUUCUGCUAUGUUUCUCCUUCUGUAUUCAUUUCUGUAGCUUCGACAUAGAAAAUAAAGGUUCACGGAUGAUUUUUGUGGUA